UCCAUAGACCUUCACUUCUGAUGAACAAGACAUAUUUGAAACUCAACCAACAAUAGUUGUUGAAGUCGUUUUCUUUAAGAAUUCCAGCUGACUUUUGAUCAAGAUGUCCUCACUGCAGGGUGAACUUGGGUCCAUUGACAACCCGUUACGAUUUCGUGACCAGGACUACGAUGCACUACUGAAAGCAUGCCUCAAGUCCCGUUCGCUGUUUUUCGACCCAACCUUUACCACUGACCAGAAAUCCAUCGGUAUGCCCGUCGACGCUGACCCCAAAAAGGCGAUCAAGUGGUUGCGACCCAAGGAGAUCAGUCCGAAUGCUGUGUUUGUGGAGGGCAGUACAGACACCACUGAUAUUUGCCAAGGCCAGCUGGGUAACUGUUGGCUCCUGGCUGCCUUGUCCUGUCUCACCAUGCACCCCCAGCUCUUUGCCAAGGUGGUACCACCCAAUCAGAGCCUGACUGAAUCCUAUGCUGGCAUCUUCCAUUUUAGGUUCUGGCAGUAUGGUGAGUGGGUGGAGGUGGUGGUGGAUGACAAGCUGCCAGUGCGUGGAGACCGUCUGCUGUUUGGAUACUCUUGCACCCGGGGAUGAGUUUCCUGGAGCGCCCUGCUGGAGAAGGCCUACGCCAAACUGAUUGGUUCCUACGCCAGUCUGAAGGGGGGUAACAUCUCUGAGGGCAUGGAGGACUUUACAGGGGGGAUAGCCAGCUCCCUCCACACCUCCACCCGCACCCCCCCGGUCCUCUGGAGAGCCCUGCACGGGGCCCCUGGGGCGCGGGAGCUGCUCAGCUGCUUUAUACAUGCGAGCAACGUGCGGGAGGUUGGCACGGUGACCACAGAGGGACUGGUGAAAGGCCAUGCGUACGCCAUCACAGACACAGAUGUGGUGAAAGAAAGACAGCAGGUGAUGUUCUCCUGCUGAGGACUGAGAAAUCCCUGGGGCUUCGUCCGAGUAGUGGGGGCCUGGAGUGACAGAUCUAAAGACUGGGAUGAUGUAGACCGUGCAGAGAUAACCAGGCUUAAACUGAAGAAGACCGAGGAUGGAGAAUUCUGGAUCAGUACAGAGGAUUUCACUAAGCUGUUUGACACAGUGGAGCUGUGCAGCAUGAACCCAGACUCUCUGGCUGAGGGGGAACCGCUCUCCGCUGCCUGGACCCUCAGCUCCCACAAAGGAUCCUGGGUACCAGGAAGCACCGCAGGGGGCAGCCGCCGAUUCCGCCGAUCGUUCUGUAAGAACCCCCAGUUCCAGCUGGUUCUCUCUGAGCAGGACAAGAUGGAUGAUGAGGACGAGGUGGAGGAGGAGGAGGACCCCGACGGCGAGGAGGACGAGGUUCCUGCGGAGCUGACUCCAGAGGAGAAGACGGCCGCGGAGAAGCUGAAGGAGAAGGGCAAGCACUGCACCGUGCUGCUGGAGCUUCUGCAGAAGGACAGGAGGCUGAAUAACAACGUCAACUUCCUCUACAUCUCCUUCCACGUCUACAGGAUGGAGGGUCUGUGUCUGGACCAGAACUUCUUCUCCAGCCAGAAGCCUAUUGCUCGUUCUGGGAAGUACCGGGCUCUCAGGGGUGUGUGGAGGAGGGUGAAACUGGACCCGGGUCACUACGUCAUCGUAGCGUCCACCUACAGACCCAACCAGCCUGGGGAGUUCUUCCUUCGGAUCUUCUCCAAGAUAGGCAACACCCUGGGGACCAAUGACUUCACCUGCACUUCUGAGUUACUCAUGGCUGAUCCUGGCAUUUUUAAACCUGUCUUGCCUGAGGAUUGCAGGAGAGUGCAGAAGACUUUUAAAGAGGUGGCUGGACCGGACAACCGGCUGAACGCGAAGGAAUUAAUGGAACUGGUAAACUCAGUUCUGGAGAAGGACUACAAGAUCCCUCUGGAGACAUGCAGGCAGCUCAUAUUUGGAGAAGAUACUGAAGGACGUGGGACUCUCACCAGUGAGCAGACAGAAUCUCUGCUGUCUUUCCUUCGUGGUUUGCAGUCCAUCUUUUUCCAGUAUGAUGAGGACUCUUCAGGGACAAUGAGCCCUUUUGAGCUCAAUUUGGCCCUUGAGGCUGCUGGUGUCAGAUGUGAUGGCCUGGUCCUCCAGAUGUUGUGGGAGAGGUUCGGUUCUGGGGAUCUCCAGCUGCCUUUCUACGGCUUUGUGUCCUGCGUCACCAGGCUCCGGAAGUUGUUUGCUCUGUAUGAGUCAGAAAGCAGCCAAGAGGUGAAAGGCAGAGGGAUCAACACUUGGCUGCUCCAGCUCCUGCCCCUGUAAACCCUCGCCAGGAAAACAGGGUCUCCAUCAGGAAGCAGCAGGGGCUGUCUGGCUGGCUAGGACCAAAGCAACGUCAUGGCUCCAUCUACGCCAUGGCUGUAUCCACACACGCAUACAGUCACACACACACACGCAUGCAUGUGCAAAUGGGCACGCUCUUGUUCCUGCACAGACACACAGCGCAAACACGCAGUGAAAUGCACACCCUUACAUAACACACACAUACACACACACAUAAUAGCCCCUUGGCCCCUGUCACUAUGCAAUACCCGCAGCCUCAGCCUUUGUCACGCUAACUGUUUCUCCUCAGAAUCACUUCCUCCCAGGAGCCUGUGUUGACGAGGACCUCCUGGUUCGUUCUGUCUCCGGUGUGGUUCCUUUCUACGUUACGGGCUUCAUUUUCACUUCAUAACGGUGCCUUAAGAAAACAUGUAGCUUUAACCUUUGUGCUUUGGUCCUGUUCGGUCUGGUUCUUCUGGCUAUUUGUGUUUAUCAGUAUUUACAUGAAUAGCAUUCUGACACCUAUAAAUUACAUGUGUGUAACGAGGGAGGAUUAUAGUUCUUCUUCCUCCAAUAAGGUGACUUUUUAACGUUGCACAUGUGGCUUGUGUUGUGUAACACCAUAAACGCAGCACCACAUAUCCAAAAUAAAAAUUGCAGCUGAAGAUCUA